UGUCUGGUGUCAUGUUGGAGGAGGAGGAGUUUGUUGGUUGGGACACCCAAAAAACUUUUUGUUGCGUGUGCGCGUGUUUUCGUCGCCACGCCUCUGUGUGCGUUUUCCUCCGGCGCGUUGAUUUCAUACCAAAGAAACUCAUACUUGGCAUUCCGCCUUUUUUUCUGUCAAACACGACUCUUUUUACCGAGGAAAUACUCUCGAAACACAAAGCAAAAGAAGCUGUAGAAACCACCGUGUACUCGGGAGUGAGUGAGUGGAAGCAGAGCCUCUUUGGAAGGUGUGUUGUGGUCAGGAGCCGUCAUCAUUGCGUCGGAGUGGAGUUGCCGUGGCAGCCCUGACGGGGCGCAGGAGGAGGGCGGCGAUGCAGAUGGAGAUACAGCGGCAGACGGGGCUGACCGCGGAUUGGAUGGCGACCCCGAGGGAGUGUGGAGUCCAGACAUUGAGCAGAGCUUUCAUGAAGCUCUGGCCAUCUACCCUCCCUGCGGCAGGAGGAAGAUCAUACUUUCAGACGAGGGGAAGAUGUAUGGUCGAAAUGAGCUGAUAGCUCGCUAUAUCAAGCUACGGACAGGAAAGACGCGCACACGCAAACAGGUGUCUAGUCACAUUCAGGUUCUGGCACGUAAGAGGGUACGAGAAUACCAGACCAGCAUCAAGGUCUCUAGUCACCUGCAAGUCUUGGCCAAGAGAAAGUCUCGUGAGAUUCAGUCUAAGCUCAAGGCCAUGAACUUGGACCAGGUAUCCAAAGACAAGGCACUGCAGACAGUAGCCAACCUCUCAUCAGCUCAGAUUGUGUCUGCUAGUGUAAUGAAACCCCAGACUCCGUUCCCUCCACCAGUCAGAUUUUGGCCCAGCCCUAUGCCAGGACAGCCUGGACAUUCUCAGGACAUCAAGCCCUUUGCACAGCCACCAUACACUACACUACCACCCCCUGGCCCUCCACCCAUCAGCUAUGAGCCCCUGCCUCCCCCACGCCCUGCAGCUAUAGCAGCUCCUGUAUGGCAGGACAGAACCAUCGCCUCAGCAAAACUACGGCUACUGGAGUACUCUGCCUUUAUGGAGAUCCAGAGAGAAAGGGAGAUGUAUAAACAUCUUUUCGUACUCAUUGGGCCAUCAAACCCGGGCUACAAUGACCCCGUAUUGGAGUCCAUAGAUGUGAGGCAGAUUUACGACAAGUUCUCUGAGAAGAAAGGAGGCCUGAAGGAGCUGUAUGAAAAAGGGCCACACAACGCGUUCUUCCUCGUCAAGUUCUGGGCGGACCUGAGCAGCGACAUCGAGGAGGGCUCUGGCGUGUUCUACGGCGUGAGCAGCCAGUACAGUGGAACAGAAAACAUCACCAUCAGUGUCUCAACAAAGGUCUGCUCUUUUGGCAAACAGGUGGUCGAGAAGGUUGAGACGGAAUAUGCACACAUGGAAGGGGGAAAGUAUGUGUUCCGCAUCCACCGUUCGCCCAUGUGUGAAUAUAUGAUCAACUUCAUCCACAAGCUCAAACACCUGCCAGAGAAAUACAUGAUGAACAGUGUACUGGAGAACUUCACCAUCCUACAGGUGGUGUCCAACAGAGAGACUCAGGAGACUCUGCUGUGCAUCGCCUUUGUGUUUGAAGUGUCCACUAGUGAACACGGAGCACAGUACCACGUUUAUCGACUAGUUAACGACUAGCAGCACGCCGCGUGCAUGCAGAGACUCUCCACAGACUUUUUGAUACAUAUAGCAUAAACACUAUUUCCAGCUCAAACACACAGAAUCCCCCCACUCCUCUACUCUAAACACACACAUGUUUUAACAGACCAACAGUCACACUGUAGUCACACCUGUUGUUGUUUUUUAAUCGCUGCAAACUAUGCACACAUUUCUUAACAACAUCCCAUGACUUAAACACUAAAGUGAAAUUCAUUUUUUAUAGAUUUCGACCAAAACGUCGCGUAAUUAUGGGUAAGUGUUGUGAUGCUAUUCACCGUAAUUAUUCAGUCACAUAUCUGUCCUUACCCGGUGAAACUGAAAAAUGUCACGGUUCAUUUAGGUGUUUUUUCUUUUUCACUGACAAGCAUAUGAUAGAAACAUUUAAAAAAAAAAAAAAAAAAAAGAAACCAGCAAAAGGGCUACACUACAUUAAAUCAAGUUUAAUAUGUGAUAUACAUUAU